CAAUAUAUUGCCAGAUGUUGAAGCAUAUUCUUCGAGCCAUAUUUUCUAUACAACAUUUCCAAAAUUCUUAUGGAAACGAGAUGGUUCUAAAUUUUUAUGUCGUCGUUUAUAAAGCUGUCUCACUGUGCUGUGACCUUCAGGUUUCACUGCCAUCAUCGCCUUGGACGGAGUGCAAGAUAAGGACUUUCAGCCGUAAAAUUUAAUCAUGAAAGUUUAUUUCGCAAUUUUUGCAAGUUUUUGCUGCGUUGUUGUAUUCCUUGUGCAGGGAUUGACAGCGUUGGGCGGAUGCUCUGAUGAUUCAAUUUGUACCGACUUAUGUGGCUACGCAGGCACUGGUAAAUGCGUAAAUGGGACUCACUGUGUUUGCGAAACGUGUCCACAAAGGAGUACUGCUGAACUUUCUUUGGCCUACGCAGUCAAGAUUUGUACUCCGGAACCAUUUUGCCAGCUAAAGUGUCCAAAAUCCUCCUUCUCAUUGACAACUGGGAAACUGUAUUCGGGGCAUAUCUGCAGUUCCCUCACGAACCCGUUAGAUAUUACGUGCAUCUGUUUUUGCAUGCCGACCACGCUUGCCAGUCUCGGAACUAUACUGAGAUGUCCAGUGGUUCCCAAUUUUACUGAAGUACUCGGAUGAGUACGUAGCACCACCUUAUGCACAUUGAUUACGAACAUGUGUGUAUCAAAAAUGUAAACCAAUUGCUAUUUGUGACAUUUGGGUAGAAGAUCUUAAAUUGCCACUAAAAUAUUUGUUGAUUGAUUGACUUAUUUCGUAAAUUAAUUGUGCUAUAAUUGGGACAUGAUUUCAUUAAAUACAAGAGGAUAAUGUAACCAUC